UUUGUUUUUUUUCCCCCACAAGAAAAUAGAUAACCACGGUUGAGGAAAAAAAUGCAAUGAAAUAAAACAACACAAACACUGGAGCUACGUUCUGAUAAUGUUCGACUUGAAGAAAAGAAACAGCUUGACUCUGAGAGGCACCCGCGAGGCGGAGGAGUUCAGGCGCGUGGCGGUGCGGCGCAAAGACAAAGGUGCGACAGCGGACAGCCAGGUCCCAGAUGUGGACGGUGGAGUAUGCGGCUCAUACAGCUGCGGCCGUUCUUCUGACACUUUCUACGGAACGGGACCAAAUUCUAAACUGGGCGCAAAAGAGGAUUGGGAGAACAGGCCGUCCAAGAGAUCCCCCUUAAAGUCUCUAGCAGUUCCUAAAGCAGCUCACCUGCAGAGGUCGCAGAGGACCGGACAAGAUCAAGCCUGCAAUCCUGCUUCAGAGACACUAAAAGCUCAGCAAGUAAAUAGAACAACCCAGGACCAGACUUCCAACAGAAACUGUGGAACCUGCAUUUCUUGCGUUAACCUGCACACUUGCCAAGGGUCUCCAAGUCCGAUUGGAGGUGGAGGAAGCAAUUUUCUGAAUCCAGUGUCUGGGUCACACCUCAGCCCAGGCAGGCAGGCUCAGGGGUUCCCAAACCUUUUAAAUUGUUUAGUGGCAAGAUCCCCAAGUCCAGGCAAAAGAAGCUUUCAGGCCUGCAGUCCACUGGGAGAGGAAGGCCACAGCCCUGCUAAGCUGUCCCCAAGAAACCAAAGUCCUCUCAUGGGAAAACUGCGCACCCCAAGCCCUAUUCAGAAGAAGAUGGGCAGCUUCAGCCCUGCCAAGAGCUCCAAGUCGUGGCUGGGCCUGCACAGAAUUUCAAAUGAGAAGCUGGAAAGACUAGAGAAGAAGGCAGAGAAAUGUUUAAGCGUGCCUGAUCUAAUAACCUACAUGGAUGAAACCAGGAUUCCUGUUGAAAAAGCUGUUUGUUCUCCCCUGAAAUCACUGCAAUCACCUAACUGUAACGGGCUCGGCAUCACUAUCGAGACGCCAGCCAAGUGUAAGCACAGUACCGCAGACGGAGACCAUUCUUGCAGUAAUGACGCCGAACUUUCCCCAAGACCACAGAACGACGUAAAAGAGGAGGAAGAGGAGUCGAGAGAAAACGUAACGGAUGAAGGCAAGGCCCUCGGAGGACGUGGUAGGUAUUCCUGCGUGUGGGAAAAAGCGACCACAACAGAUGAAAGCAGUCAUCUGGCUCCUAAAGCCGAUGACGAUGAGGGAGAUGAAGAGAGGAUUAAUGAAAGUGGAGGAAGUGAGCCGAAAAAUGAAGACGACAAAGAACAGAAACUGUACAAGAUUGCUAAUGAGCUCCUGCAGACGGAGAGAACGUAUGUGGCUCGUCUCCACCUUCUGGACCAGGUUUUCUGUUUACGCCUCACACAAGAAGCUGAUCACGGCUCAUUUCCUCCUGACGUCAUAAAAGGCAUCUUCUCCAACGUGUCGACGAUCUACUCCUUCCACAGCCGGUUUCUGCUGCCCGAUCUGGAAAACUGCAUCAUGCACUGGGAUGAAAGUCCCAGUCUGGGUAAAGCUCUUCUGCAGCACGCGCCCUUCCUGAGGAUGUAUGCCGACUACAUCAGGAACUUCGACCGAGCCAUAGAGCUGGUCCGGACCUGGACUGAACGUUCAUCUGCCUUCAGAAACGUCAUCCAUGACAUACAGAGUCAGGAAAUGUGUGGCAACCUUACCCUGCAGCACCACAUGUUGGAACCAGUGCAGAGGGUUCCCCGUUACGAGCUGCUGCUGAAGGAUUACUUGAAGAAGCUUCCUGAAGAUAAUCCAGAUUAUGAGCUUGCUAACAAAUCCUUGGAGGCCAUUUCAAUGGCUGCCACCCACUCGAACAGCGCCAUCCAAAAAGCCGAGAACCUAAAACGGCUUCUGGAGAUUUACGAGAUGGUCGGAGAAGAAGACGUGGUCAACCCAACUAACGAGUUCCUCAAAGAAGGUCGCCUGCUUAAACUUGCUGCCAGGAACACAUCCGCCAUGGAGAGACACCUGUUCUUGUUCAACAACUUUGUGCUGUGCUGCUCGGCGAAGUUCAGCCUGGUUGGACAGCGAUUCACUGUCCGCUGCAGGAUCGGAGUGGACGGCAUGCAAGUGCAACAGACAACCAACGAAGACCACCCAUACACGUUCCAGGUCUCUGGCAAGGAGAAGACCCUGGAGCUACAGGCCAGCUCCGAGCAGGAGAGGGACGACUGGCUAAAGGCGAUUCAGGAAGCCAUUGAUGUGUUUCAGAAGAAAAAUGAAACCUUCAAAUUGGCUUCUAAGGACCUCAAUACAAAAGAACCUGCUAAGGAACUUGGCCGACGAGCCCCUCGCUGGAUCAGAGACAAUGAGGUGACCCUGUGCAUGACAUGCCAGGAGCCUUUCAACGCACUCACCAGGAGAAGACAUCACUGUCGAGCCUGUGGCUACGUGGUGUGUUGGAAGUGUUCAGACAACAAAGUGGCUUUAGAGUAUGACGGCAACAGGCUGAACAAAGUGUGCAAAGCUUGUUAUUCUGUCCUGGCUGGCCAGAGAGCUGAGAGGAUGGACCGCAAAAAGAGAAGAAUGCUGGAGUCUGAAGUGUAUCCAGAGUCCCAGAACAGUGUUUUGAGCGGGUUCCUACAAUAUGGGGACAGCUCAAUGACUUGGCGACAAGCGUGGUGCGUUCUCAGUGAGACUGAUCCGCCAUUUUUCCACAUGUAUAAUACUCCACAGGAUGAGAAGCCCCAGCUGACUUUGCCAUUACUCAGCUGUGUGAUAGAGGAGCUGCAGGGGCAGAACUGUUUCUGUCUCAAGCUGUCCAAAACCAGCCACAUCUUCUCCUGUGAUGAUCUGGAUGUGAAGCAGAACUGGUUGACGGUACUUAAACUAGCUGUGAUGAGAAGUUUGUGAUCCGUGGAAAUAGAAAAGUCUCUGUGUGGAAAAACUACCUUACAAGCAUGUACAAUGAACAGAUAAAGGAAUAUUUGAAAUGA